AUGAACUCAAGUGACUUGGACGAGGAAGACAAGGAGCUGGACGAGGGGUUUCAAGUGGAACUUGGCUUUGUAGGUGAACAAGAGCCGGUACUGGAUGCUUUGCUGUUGCAUGCUGAGCCAGAUUGGACCAAGUGGGACAGUGGCAAAGUGGGUGGCCGACCGAGCUGGUUGUACCCAUUUGCAGCAGACCUUCCCUCGACGACGGAGCUCCAGUGUCAAGCUUGCCGCAAUCCCCUGUCUUUUCUGCUGCAGAUUUACUGUCCAUUGGACGACGUCGACGAUGCUUUUCAUCGCAGUCUCUACGUCUUUGUCUGUCGUUCUUCUGGCUGUGAUUGUCAAGGAGAUGGGAAAGCUUUUCGGCUGCAAUUGCCAAAGGAAAAUGCGUUCUACGCAGCUACUGGCGGUGCAACAGCACGGAGAGUCAAGGAUGUUGAAGCAAGAGUGGGCUUUUGCGUGCUCUGUGGCCAACGCGCGACACUCACGUGCAGUGCGUGCCGUGUGGCACAGUACUGCAGUAAAAGUCAUCAGAAAGAUCAUUGGGUGGCUGGAGGGCACAAAUAUACGUGUACUCAAUGUUUGGAAAUGCACUCGCUGGUCGAGUCGGAUGAGGCACGAGAGAAGGUGAUGGUUAAAGGAUCGACGUACGUCUUUCCAGAACAAGUACUGGAGAUCGACCAUGAACCAGACAGCAGAGAAGCGGCAAAUGAGUACGAAGCAAAGAUGAUGGCAGAGUUCGAGGACGCUAAGACACAAAAUGAUGACGACGACACGGAUCUGGAUGUGACGCAGCAAGAGCUGAAUGAAGCUCUGGGCCAUACCACGGAUCAAGAUGAGCAAUAUGUGCGCUUUCUCACGAGAGUAGCGCUUGCAAAGGAUCAGGUGUUGCGCUACUCUCGCUGGGAAAACGAAGCUGUGCUUUGGGUCCAUUCGAAGGGCAUGCUUACAAGCGAUGUGCCGCCAUGUGGACGGUGUGGAAGUGCGCGUAAGUUCGAGUUUCAGGUGCUACCGCAGUUGCUGCACUACUUAGGCGUGGACAAGCAAAGUUCACUUGGCGACAUUACGUCGCGCAGCUGUGAGUGGGGAACGCUUGCUGUCUAUACGUGUGCGAAGAGCUGCCCACUUGAGACCCAAUGUGCCCAGGAAUUCCUUCAUUACCAACCCGCGUAUGCUGGUACUGCAUAA